AGAACUUGAGCUUCAGGUAAAAGACACCUUCUGCCUUCAGGAUUGUGCAUCACCUCGAUCAUAUGAUGUGACUUUUUAUAGUGAAUCUGUUUGUGUGGAGAUUUUUGAAAGAUUUAAGGCAAAGAGAAACAUGGCUCCUUUGGAGGAUUUUGAUGUACUCCCACUAUACUUUAUGGAGGAAAAACCUCUUUUUCUGCACAUGUUUAACGCGUUUACUGAUAUGGGUCUGAUUCUGGCCUUUUUGAAAAAGUUCUGCAGUAAAAUUGAAGGAGGUAUAAGGCAAACAAACUGCUUUCAAAUAUUUAAUGGAAACCUGAAAUUUUGGGUGAAGCUCAGGCCUGACCCGGAUGGCAUUGGAGGAGUUAAGCACCCUCCGGCAAAUUUUUCUAUUGCUGGAAACAGGGGUUUUUUGUAUUACCCCGGCCAACCCAAGUACUGUAGGCAAUGUUUUACUUAUGGCCAUAUCCGUGAUGACUGCCCUAAGGGUAAGUGCUGCCGCAAUUGUGGUAAUGUGGGCCAUGAAGCUGGCGCUUGCAUGCAGCCAAGGCGUUGUGAUAUAUGCGGAAGCCAGGAGCAUCCGGCUAGAAACUGCCCCAAAGUUUCAUCAGCUAGAAUGUCCUAUGCAGAGAUUGUGAAAAGGGCUGAACCACCUGAGGCUGAAGGGUGAGGGGAACUGGGGGGGGGCUGUCUCUGAGUGACAAUUCUGAAAAUGUUGUUGCUGAAACUGAAUUAACUGUGAUUGAGCCAACAUCUGAGGAGGCUACACUGGAGAGUGUGGGGGAAGUGCCUAGAGUGGAAGAGAGUGUGGCCCCUGAUGGUAGCCAUACUGCAGGUGCAUCGGAGGAAUUCUUGAUUGAAAGUGCCGUGAGUCCACUUUCUGAUGGAAAUAUCGCUGAAGAAAUUGUCUGGGACACGGCUGGGGAUGAGGAAGCGGUGGAGGAGUCAAUGGACGUGCAAAGUGGUAACAAAAAUCUUGCUGUGCAUGAAGUGUGUAGUCCGGCUAAAAGAGCUCAACCAUCUACUGUCUUUACUGCUGGGGAUUUGGGGGAGGGGGUUUCUUCAUGUUCCAGGCCUGAGACUCCUGCAAUUUUCAGAGAAGCCGUACAAUCGCCUGACCAAAGCUACUUGGAAAGUGAGAGUGUGGAGAACCUGCAGAACGUUUGUUUCUUCAGCUGCAGUUCUAGAGAAUCCUAAUAUGCUUGCAUGGUGUAACAACUUCACCUUUGCAUGUCUCUCAAGAUAGUCUCCCUAAAUGUAAGGGGGUUUUCAUCAGUGGCGAAGAGGGCUGCUGUGCUAGAAUUGAUUUCUGUAUUUUUUCUGAGCAUUUUAGUUUUGGUAGGAUGAGUACUCAGGCCAUUCCUUUUUCUGAUCAUGUUAUUCUUUGUUGGGAAGUCAUGUUAAACAAUACAUUUUCCUUUGGGCGGGGAUUAUGGAAAUUAAAUUUGAAGCUAUUGGAGGAUAAUGAGUGCAGGGAACAAUUUGAGUGCUUAUAUAGAAAGUGGUGUAUGGAGAAAGGGAAUUUUGUUAAUAUACUGGAGUGGUGGGAUUGGGCAAAAGGUAAAAUAGCCAAGUUUUUUAAACGGGAAGGAUAUAAGAAAGGCAGAUUGAGGAGAAAUAUGUACGAUGGGUUAUGUAAUAGGCUGCAAAUGCUGUAUAAACUGGGAAAUGCUGCUGUUGAUGUAGAGGAGGAAAUGAUUAAGGUUAGAAAGGAAGUUCAAAAGACAAUUAAUGAAAGGGGUAAAAGUAUCAUUUAUAGAACCAAGGUUAAGCAUCUUGAUAAUGAUGAGAAAUGCUCACGUUUCUUUUUCAAAAAAAUGUGUCAUAAAAGAAGUGUUUUUGUCAAAAUUCUAAAUAAGGAGGGUGAUGAGGUAUAUGGGGGGGAAAUGCAUAAAUGUAUCAGAGAGUUUUAUGGGGAUUUGUUUUGUGGGAGCAGAGAGGAAAUUGACACGGAGUUCUUGAAUAUUAUUGAUAUUAUUGAUUGACAGUGAAGUCGAUGGCCUUAAAUAAAACUCCGGGUAGUGACGGGCUAAUCUGUGAAUUUUAUGUGAAAUACUGGGAUAUAAUUAAGGAGGAGUUUUUGGAAUUGUGUAAAUAUAUUAUGCUGAAUUUUAUGUGAAAUACUGGGAUAUAAUUAAGGAGGAGUUUUUGGAAGUAUGUAAAUAUAUUAUGCUGAAUGGAGUGUUGUCUAGAUCAAUGAAGGAAGGGGUUAUUGUUUUAAUCUUCAAAAAGGGGGAUCGGCGGGAUAUUAGAAACUGGCGACCGAUCACAUUAUUAAACUCCGAUUAUAAAAUUCUGGCAAAGAUGGUGGCGAACAGGUUGCGGCUGGUUGUGGAGAAGUUAGUUGGUGAAUCUCAAGCGUGUGCGGUGCCUGGGCGGAUAAUUACGGAGAAUUUAAUUUUGUUACGUGAUAUUAUUUCUUAUGUUCAAGAGAGAAAUUGUUCCAUGUUUGUUGCUUCGAUAGAUCUAGAGAAAGCAUACGAUAAGGUCUCACAUAAGUUUCUGUUUGCUGUUUUAAAUAGGAUGGGGGUCCCAGAGAGGUUGCUAAAAGUGAUUAAGGGGUUCUAUUCUGAUAUUGUGAGCAGGUUGUUAGUUAAUGGUUCUUUGGGUGAGAGCUUUAAGGUAUUGUCUGGUGUGAGGCAGGGGGGCCCCUGUCUCCUAUUGCUUUUAUUUGUAUAAUGGAACCUUUAUUGAGAUUAGUGCAGAAAGAUAAAGUUAUUAGGGGAUUUGAUGUACCGGGGAGUGGGGGGAGGAAGGUUAAAUCUUUAUGUUACAUGGAUGACAUUGUUAUUUUGUGUGAGUCAUAUGUGGCGAUACAUAGGGUGACGUUAUUGCUAAAUGUAUUUUGUUGUGUAUCAAAUAUGAGGGUUAAUUGGAGUAAGUGUAAACUUUGUGUUUUUGGCAAAGAUGUGGAACUAGAGGAGGAUGUGAUAGAGGUAGCAAAGGAUGGAAUGGAGGUGCUAGGGAUCUUUUUUGAUAAGGGAUUGAGUGGGGGAGUGGUGUGGAAUGCUGUGGGUGAGAAAAUUGCAAGAAAAUUGCGUUUUUGGUGCCUGAGAGACUUAUCUUUGGCUGGGAAAGUGAUUGUGGUGAAAACUUGUUGUCUAUUAUUAUUUAUGCAAGUAAUGUAUUCCCUCCGGAUACCAAGUGUGUGCAAAAAAUGAAUAGGCUGAUUUUUGUUUUCUUGUGGGGGUCCCGUAUGGAGAAGUUGAGGAGAGAAAUUGUGUAUAAGCAGCAGAAAAAUGGUGGGUUGGAUUUACCAAAUAUUUGUGUGUUUGUGCAGCUGCAAUAUUGGGGCUGUAUUGUGAGAAUACUAAGUAAGGAUAGCUGCUGUGCUUGUAUGAUUCAGUAUAUGGGCGGGUGGCUGUUUAGGCGGUGGGGAUGGCAGGCUAGAGAGUUAAAUAGACCUGUUCAUUUUGAAGUUCCUAAGUUCUAUUUAUGUCUGAAAGAGUUUAGGGAUACAUAUGAGCUGGAGAAAUUGGGAGUAGAAGAGAAAAAUAAAAAAGUUGUUAAACAAUGGAUAAGGAGGAAUGAGCGGGUAAGUAACAUGGAUGGGUUGAAGUCUGAUGAUUCUCUGAGAUUGUGGAAAAAGUUGCAAAAGUCUGAGUUGGCAAAGCGUCAGCGGGAUGUGGUAUGGAUGUCCCUGCAUAAGUGCUUGCCGACAAGGGAAUUUCUGGGGAAGCGGGGAUUGUGUAGGGCUGCGGUGUGCCCAGUGGGGGGGUACGGUGAUGUUGAGACAGUAGAUCAUUUAUUUUGGGGUUGUGUGUAUGCUCGUGAGGUUAGGGAUGGGCUCAAACCUUUAUUUAGAGAGUUAUGUGGGUUGGAGACUGUUACCUGGGGAACAAUUAUGUUCGGGCUGGGUGUUGCUAACAAAGUGAAAUCAAGAGUAUUAUGGCUGUUGUUAGGCUGUAUUAAAGAAGUCCUAUGGGAUGUUAGGAAUCUAUUAAUAUUAAAAAACCAAGUGAUUGGGAAAGAAAUGUGUUUAAAUAUGAUUUUGGGGAGAUUAUAUGUGUAUUAUUUGAGAGAUGUUUAUCAUUCAAAUGCUACUGAUGCAGAAGGCGUAUGGAAGUAUAAAAAAUGGCGGUUUCUCAUCAAAUAAAUAUGUAUGUUUUUUUUUGACUGAUUUAAUUGUCAUUUAAAUAAAGGUGCCACGAUGAUGUAAA